GUGUGCAUAGUCGUGAAAAGAGAAAGGAUGCUGUUUUUACUGUGCCUAAAACUGUUGAGAGCGUGGAAGAGCUAGUCGUGCAAGAGGUGGUGGUCGCGGCUAUGGCAAAAGAAAAACUGUCACAGAAGCUACUUCAAAAUGACUUUAAUGAAACUACAGAUAACUUAGAUCACGAAAGGAAUAGGGUUUCUACUACACUUCCUUCACUUAAAAAUGAUCAUAUUGCGAGUUGUGAAAAGGAAAAACAAUCAGUUAGGUCACCAGCAAAUUCAAAGC